AUGAAGCACACGGCGGAGUUCCUAGACACACACCAGACGCAAAUUUCGUCGAUUCUGUCGGGGGGGUACAACCACCCCCUUCUGAGGGAGUGGCAGAAUGAGCGCCAGCUAGCCAAGAACAUGUUCAUCUUCCCUCUGUUCGUGAGCGACAUGCCUGAUGAGGACCAACCAAUUGAGUCUCUGCCGAAUAUUCGGAGGUUUGGCGUGAACAAGCUGGCGGGGUACCUGAAGCCGCUGGUUGCAAAGGGUCUGCGGGCCGUACUGCUGUUCGGGGUCCCUAUGAAGCCGAACUCGAAGGACGAGUUUGGGUCCGCGGCCGACGACCCCGAGGGCCCGGUGAUCCAGGCGAUCAAGCUGCUGCGCGCGGAGUUCCCCGAGUUGUACAUCCUCUGCGACGUCUGUCUGUGCGAGUAUACCUCGCACGGGCACUGUGGUGUGCUGUACGACGACGGCAGCAUCAACCGCGAGCAGUCGGUGCGGAGACUGGCUGCAGUUGCUGUGAACUACGCCAAGGCUGGCGCGCACUCCGUGGCGCCGAGCGACAUGAUUGACGGGCGGAUCCGCGACAUCAAGCUCGGACUGCUGGCGGCGGGCCUGGCGCACAAGACUUUUGUGAUGAGCUACGCGGCCAAGUUCAGCGGGAACCUGUACGGGCCCUUCCGUGACGCAGCAUGCUCUGCUCCGUCGCAAGGUGAUCGGAAGUGUUACCAGCUGCCCUCGGGGGGGCGUGGGUUGGCCCGCAGAGCGUUGCGCAGAGACCUCGACGAGGGUGCCGACGGCAUCAUCGUGAAGCCGUCUACGUUUUACCUCGACAUCAUGGCCGACGCGUCCGAAAUCGCCAAGGAUGUGCCGAUAUGCGCGUACCAUGUCUCGGGCGAGUACGCCAUGCUCCACGCGGCCGCAAAGGCAGGGGUGGUCGACUUCAAGUCCAUCGCCUUUGAGUCGCACCAGGGUUUCUUGAGGGCCGGGGCCAGGCUCAUCAUCAGUUACAUGACUCCUGAGUUCCUGGACUGGUUGAGCUGA